CUCACUUUUAUCGUGGCUAUCUUCUUUGUCAAGAAAUCCCUCUUUCAAAUUGGACGCACAACGGUCGCCCAUUCUAUUCUCUUCGGUUUAAAGCUAUCUUCUUUUUGUUCAUAGAGUCCAACGAUCAUACAGUUGGUAAUUCCAAUACUUUUGCACUAAUAUAUCUGCUGGGAUCAGGCAAAUCAUCGGUUCCAAACAAACAUGCAAAGGCGCAUCUAUGGUCAUGCAACUGAUGUUGCGAUCCGCCCUUUGAAUGAGGAGAAAGCUGUUCAAGCUGCUGCUGAUCUACUUGGGGAACUAUUUGUAUUUUCGGUUGCGGGAGCCGCUGUGAUCUUUGAGGUGCAAAGAAGUGCAAGAUCAGAAGCUAGGAAGGAGGAACUACGCAAGCAGGAACUAGGGGCAAUGAGGCAGAAGGAUGAAGAGUUGGCUAGAGAAGUGGAACUUCUGAAGCAUAGACUCGAAGAGCUGGAGCAUCUUGCAAGGGGACGAGGACUGAGUGGUCUUUUCAACUUCAAGCAUCCUCAGGCCACUGAAGAUGUAAAGUCAGCGACACCUCACUAAAUAUGCAGGUCAUGAAAUCUAUUACAACAUAACCUGUUAAAGGGAAGCCUGUAAUUUUUUUGCAUCAGGUUCAUCUGGAGUAAUUGGGGAAUAUGUCUUACAGUUCUCAUUUGUAAAUGAAAUUCCUUGAUGAUUAGAAGAAUAUGUGCAGGUCAUCAAUCUAUUAUUCUUUGUCUGCAGUCGAGAAACAAGUUGAGCUACAUUGUGAAUAACUGGCAUGUUCCAUGCCCUGGUUUUUUUUGUGACCCAAAAUCAUCAAUACAACAUUGUAGGGAGCAUUUUUUUUUUUUCUCA